CGUCUCUCACAAGAAAUGGAAGGAAAAAAUCUGCCUCUGGUGUCUGGAGUGGACCUUCCUUAUCUUCAACACACCUUCCUUUUCCUUGCUCGCCAAGAACAAUCCAAUCCCUGAGAUCAACUCAUCCUAUAAAAACCCAUCUACCAUAAACCCAUCUCCUCACUUUCUCUUUACUACUACUACUACCUUCUGCGAUAACAAUGGCGACGAAAGAGAUGGAAGUUGUGAAAGGUUUAGACUUGCAGAAAUACAUGGGCCGGUGGUAUGAGAUUGCUUCUUUUCCUUCAAGAUUUCAGCCCAAGGACGGUGUCAACACAAGAGCUACAUAUACUUUGAGAGAUGAUGGUACUGUUCAUGUCCUCAAUGAGACUUUUAGUGGUGGGAAGAAAGGGUCCAUUGAGGGGACUGCUUAUAAGGCUGACCCUUCUAGCGAUGAGGCUAAGCUGAAAGUGAAGUUCUAUGUUCCUCCUUUCUUGCCUAUCAUUCCUGUUGUUGGAGAUUACUGGGUUCUUUAUAUCGAUGAUGAUUAUCAAUAUGCUUUGGUUGGGCAGCCUAGCAGGAAGUAUCUUUGGAUCUUAUGUAGGCAAACCCAAAUGGAUGAAGAAAUAUACGAUCAGCUCGUGAAGAAGGCAGAGGAUGUGGGCUAUGAUGUGAAGAAACUCCACAAAACACCACAGACUGACCCUCCACCAGAGGGGGAUGAAGCAACACCCAAGGACACCAAAGGCGUUUGGUGGAUCAAAUCCAUCUUUGGUAAAUAAAAUAAUAAUGGUGAUGUUAAUACAAAUUAUGGGUUUUAUAAUUUGUUUUGUGCCUAAUGAGGAAGUCCAAUAAAUCCAUAGAGUUGGAUGUUUGUUUGAGACAAUGAACCUCUCACCUCUCUGGUUUGUAAAGGUGUUGUGUGUAUAGUCUAUAGAACACUAGAGGUUUGAAUAUAAGACUAUUAUGAUGUUUGCAUUUCGUUAAUUCUUCUUAAAUGUGAACUCUUCAGUUUAGAUAAUUUCCAGGAAUGAAGUGUCUACUAUUGCUACUUUGUUA